AUAGUAAGCGAUGGAUUGGAGCUGAGGCCAAAGUACAAUGGGAUUCUCCACUGUAUGACCACUGUCUGGAAGCAUGAAGGACUACGAGGCUUGUAUCAAGGGGUAACUCCAAACAUGUUGGGAGCAGGGGCUUCCUGGGGACUUUACUUUUUCUUUUACAACGCCAUCAAAGCUUACAAGAAGGAAGGGAAGCUGGAAAGUCUCAGUGCAACCGAACACCUAGUGUCAGCUGCAGAGGCUGGAGCCAUGACUCUCUGUAUUACAAACCCAAUAUGGGUAACGAAGACACGACUUGUGCUACAGUAUAAUGCUGGUGUUGAUCCAUCAAAGCGGCAAUACAGAGGAAUGUUUGAUGCUCUUAUAAAGAUAUACAAGACGGAUGGCAUACGUGGCUUAUAUAAGGGAUUUGUGCCUGGGCUGUUUGGAACUUCACAUGGAGCACUUCAGUUCAUGGCAUAUGAAGAUUUGAAACUGAGAUACAACAAGUAUAGAAACAGAGUAUCAGAUACAAAAUUGAACACUGUGGAAUACAUAACAAUGGCAGCUGUAUCCAAAAUAUUCGCUGUGUCAGCAACAUAUCCCUAUCAAGUUGUGCGCGCUCGUCUUCAAGAUCAGCAUAAUACAUAUUCUGGUGUGUUUGAUGUGAUCCGCAGGACAUGGAGGAAAGAAGGAGUUCAUGGAUUCUACAAAGGAAUUAUCCCCAACGUGAUCAGAGUGACUCCUGCCUGCUCUAUUACCUUCGUCGUUUAUGAAAAUGUGUCUGGUUUUUUACUUGGUUUUAGACAAGAAAAUAAUUAAAGGUAUGAGCUUGUGUUCAUAAGGAAUCUAUAUUUUAUAUUUAUCAUCUGAGAGAGAUUUAGUUCAGCAAUCUUUUUUGACACUGUGAAUUGAUUUAGUGUUUUGAGGAAAGAACCUGGAGAUAGUAAAAUGCUGCCAACACCUCUUCUGCUGAAUGUUCCUGCCUUGCUGCCUUCCUCUCUGAAUCAGCUGUGUCUGCUUGAAACGCAUGUUUCUGCAACUGUGAAAUAAUAGCAUUGUGCCUGGGUGAAGGCAGCUGUGCAGCAAUUCAGUUCAUCCUGGCCUGCCUGGAAAAAUGGACUAAUCUGUUUUGAUAAGUCUC